AUGGCGCAAAACCUCCCCCAACACGAAGAGGCCGAGGAAGGGGAAGAAGAGGAACUCGCGGUAGUAAUCGACAAGGCACCGAAAGCGUUCACGGGAGAGAAGCCGUUGUCGCAGGAUCAAUUAACCAUGAUAGACAUGUUAAUCGCGUUGAAGAAGGUCUACAUGAACGCAAAGUCGGCCGAGGAGUACGAACUCCUUCCUCAAUUGAUCGACCAAACGAUCAAAAUCUUCCAGACCGUCAAGAUCUUUCUGGGCUGGAAGGAAACCAAGGAGAAGGUCGACGACUGGAACCCCUUCAAGGAACGCAAGGUAGCGGAGUUCUGGGCAAACCACGCCAAGGAACAAAAGAAGAAAAAGAGCAAGCCGAAAGUAGAAGAGCCAACGACGACCGGCACCGUCAAGGAGAAGCUCAAAGGGUACAAGAUACCCAAGAAAAAGAAGAACUCAAACGCCGGCGCGACCAAACCUCACAAGCAAAACAGAGGGAAGGCAGCGCAAAAGAGAAAAAGGAUGGCGGAAAAGAAAAGCUGGAGAAAUGUGACUCACCUAGCCCAAGCUAUGCUGGACUUCAAGGAAGCAGCAGAGCAAUGA